AUGGCCAACGCUUCAGUGAAGAAGAGAGCGGUGGCGAACGCGCAGGCGCUGAAGAGUCUGCACACGUACGCGGGCGCUAUUAACCUCGUCUACCUGCUAUCCUACUUUGUCCUGCACCGUCCUGCCUCGUUGAAGCCGUUUGUGAUCUUUUCGAUCCCGGCGUGGAUUAUCGAGUACCAGCUCGAGCGGAUAGGGAGACCAAAGUUCAACCCUGCUAACGGAUCCCUGGUGUCUGCCGGUGAUGAUCUUCACCAGGCAGGUCUAACUGAAUGGCUGUUUGAUAUCGUUUACGUCACGCUUGCAUGCGAUAUCCUGGCUGUAAUUAUCGGGCGCUCGUGGGUCUGGUUCUUGUAUCUUGUCAUCCCCCUCUACGGCUCUUACAUGGCCUACACUUCAUUCAUCGGCCCCAUGCUCCGCCAGCGCUCCGCUGCCGCAAACAUGGAAGACGGUCCUCCCGCCGCCCGCACCCGCGCCAAAAAGGCCAAAUACGUGCGCUAA